GGCUCCACGUCAGCCAUCGCCGGAGCGGGAGCGAAGCGCCGCAGGCUGAGCUCAGCGGGCCCGGCCUCGACCCGCCGCGUCCGACCCGAGCGGGCCGCUGCUCGCAGCACCGCCGCCUCACGGUGCGCAGCUGCUCGCCGCCACACGCCGCGGGGAUCCCUCUUCCCCGCUGUACCCCGGGCGGACCUGGGGCGGGGAAUGGGAUUUGGGGGGGGGCGUAGUGGGGCCGCCGGCGGCCUCCUCCCGGCCGUGGCCCGGCGGCCGCAGCUGCGCGGGGCGUCGGGCUGAGGGAAAGCUCCUUGGCCGGCUGAAAUCGGUCCUGACUGAAAUCGGCCGGGCACCGCCAGACAAAAUGGUGCCUGAGGGCUCUCGGCUGUGGGGCAGCUGGCCGGAGGGGCGCUUCGCUGGUGCGUGAGCUCAGGCCGCGUUGCCGCGUUACGGAGAGUUGUUCUGCUGGGGGUCUGCGGGAGUUUCUGCAGCUAGGUCUGUGUGUGAGCUACGUUUUGUUCGGGCCUGCUUCGCUUCCUCCUGGAGCUGAAGGUGCCGGCUGCACGGCGUUGAGGUCUGGUGUCACCCACCCUCUUGCCUAGGAGCUGUUGCCAAGGCAAGAAAACAGGUCUUGCUUCCCGUUUUUUCUGCAGACGAUCAACUUGAACUGAAGCCAUAAAAAUACAGAAGUUUUCAUAUCAAAAAGUAACUGGUGCUGUAUUGCAAUUUUUCUUUCAGCUAUCUUUUCCGGUACUGCUUACGUUUUGUUGUUCUUAUAUAGAAAGAGGAUACGGCCCAAAACUGUACAACUUCCUGCUCAGCCCUAAGGUUCUUCAGGUGCCCAUUUGACUGAAAAAAAGGGACUUUGGAUCCACAGGCAGUUUCACUCAUUCAUUCCAAUGCCACAGCUCCACGUCUCUCUUUCCUCUGUUAUCUGUCAGAGCUCUGUGUGGAGCAGUGCUUCUUCCCAGGCUCACCGAGCUAGAAAUGAACGUUUGCUUUUUGAAUGUUGUUUGCUCAGAUUACUGCUUCAAAAAUAAAUUGGGAGCGGAGGGUUUACAGAGUUUGCAUCUCAAAAGUUGUGUCAGCACAGCUCUGAAGGCGAGGUGAGAUCAGAACUGCUGUCCCCACACAGUGACUUCUUCCCUUAGCGUGUCGCUGACUGCUGUCUUGGAGGUUGUCUGAUACUUGUGUCAAAAUAACUCUUCUCCUGAGAAAGCAUUUGUAACCAGGAACCAUGACUGCUGCUGAGAACGUGUGCUACACGCUAAUCAACGUCCCCAUGGAUUCAGAACCACCUUCUGAAAUCAGCUUAAAAAAUGACCUAGAAAAAGGAGAUGUCAAGUUGAAGACAGAGGCCUUGAAGAAAGUGAUUAUUAUGAUUCUGAAUGGUGAAAAACUGCCUGGGCUUCUUAUGACCAUUAUACGUUUUGUGCUGCCUCUCCAAGACCAUACCAUCAAAAAGCUGCUGCUUGUCUUCUGGGAGAUAGUGCCAAAGACCACUCCUGAUGGCAGGCUUCUGCAGGAAAUGAUCCUUGUCUGUGAUGCAUACAGAAAGGAUCUUCAGCAUCCAAAUGAGUUUAUCCGAGGCUCUACUCUUCGUUUUCUUUGUAAGCUGAAAGAAGCAGAACUGCUGGAGCCUCUGAUGCCAGCCAUCCGUGCGUGCCUAGAGCAUCGUCACAGCUAUGUACGCAGAAAUGCAGUCCUUGCAAUUUACACCAUCUAUAGAAAUUUUGAACAUCUUAUACCCGAUGCUCCCGAAUUGAUCCAUGAUUUCCUGGUGAAUGAGAAGGAUGCAAGCUGCAAAAGAAAUGCAUUUAUGAUGUUAAUUCACGCAGAUCAGGAUCGAGCGUUGGAUUAUUUGAGUACCUGCAUUGACCAAGUCCAGACAUUCGGUGACAUUCUGCAGUUGGUUAUUGUUGAACUGAUUUAUAAGGUCUGUCAUGCGAAUCCAUCCGAGAGAGCUCGCUUCAUUCGCUGCAUCUACAACCUGCUGCAGUCAUCGAGUCCUGCAGUGAAAUAUGAAGCAGCAGGAACACUAGUUACGCUCUCCAGUGCACCGACUGCAAUCAAGGCAGCUGCCCAAUGCUACAUAGAUUUGAUUAUUAAAGAAAGUGAUAAUAAUGUGAAAUUGAUUGUUUUGGAUCGGUUGGUUGAAUUAAAGGAGCAUCCCUCCCAUGAGCGAGUGUUACAGGAUCUAGUGAUGGACAUCCUCCGAGUGCUGAGUACCCCAGAUCUGGAAGUACGCAAAAAAACCCUUCAGCUGGCUCUGGAUCUGGUUUCUUCAAGAAAUGUGGAGGAGCUUGUGAUUGUUCUGAAGAAAGAAGUGAUUAAGACUAAUAAUGUGACAGAGCAUGAAGAUACUGACAAAUACAGACAGCUGCUUGUUCGUACACUGCAUUCCUGUAGCGUUCGGUUUCCAGAUAUGGCUGCGAAUGUUAUCCCAGUGCUGAUGGAGUUCCUCAGUGACAAUAAUGAGGCUGCUGCUGCUGACGUACUGGAAUUUGUGCGGGAAGCAAUCCAGCGAUUCGAUAACCUCAGACCUCUUAUUGUUGAGAAGAUGCUUGAAGUCUUUCAUGCAAUUAAAUCUGUCAAGAUUUAUCGAGGAGCUUUGUGGAUCCUUGGAGAGUACUGCAGCACAAAGGAGGAUAUACAAAGUGUAAUGACAGAAGUUCGCAGAUCACUUGGAGAGAUCCCAAUUGUAGAAUCUGAAAUCAAGAAGGAGGCUGGUGAGCUAAAACCUGAAGAAGAGGUGACUGUGGGCCCAGUCCAGAAACUGGUGACAGAGAUGGGUACUUAUGCAACCCAGAGUGCUCUGAGCAGUUCCCGGCCCACCAAAAAAGAAGAGGACAGGCCUCCACUGCGAGGAUUCCUGCUUGAUGGGGAUUUCUUUGUCGCGGCUUCCCUUGCUACCACUUUAACUAAGAUUGCUUUACGAUACGUGUCACUGGUGCAGGAAAAGAAGAAGCAAAAUUCCUUCAUUGCUGAAGCUAUGCUGCUGAUGGCCACUAUUCUCCAUUUGGGAAAGUCUUCUCUUCCCAAGAAGCCCAUUACAGAUGACGAUGUGGAUCGUAUUUCCCUGUGCCUGAAAGUUCUGUCUGAAUGUUCUCCGCUCAUGAAUGAUAUCUUCAACAAAGAAUGCAGACAGUCCCUCUCUCAUAUGCUGUCAGCCAAGCUAGAAGAAGAGAAGCUUUCCCAGAAGAAAGAAUCAGAGAAAAGGAACGUGACGGUUCAGCCGGACGACCCCAUUUCCUUCAUGCAGCUUACUGCUAAAAAUGAGAUGAGCUCAAAAGAAGACCAGUUUCAGCUCAGCCUUCUUGCAGCAAUGGGAAACACACAGAGGAAAGAGGCUGCUGAUCCUCUUGCAUCCAAACUUAAUAAGGUUACACAGCUGACGGGUUUCUCAGACCCUGUUUAUGCAGAAGCCUAUGUCCACGUCAACCAGUAUGACAUUGUGUUGGAUGUGCUCGUGGUAAACCAGACCAGUGAUACUCUGCAGAACUGCACACUGGAGCUGGCCACACUGGGUGACUUGAAACUUGUCGAAAAACCAUCUCCUUUGACACUUGCUCCACAUGACUUUGCAAACAUAAAAGCUAACGUCAAAGUCGCUUCAACAGAAAAUGGAAUCAUUUUUGGUAAUAUCGUGUAUGAUGUCUCUGGAGCUGCCAGCGACAGAAACUGCGUGGUUCUCAGUGAUAUUCACAUUGACAUAAUGGAUUAUAUCCAGCCAGCCUCUUGUACGGAUGCAGAGUUCAGACAGAUGUGGGCAGAAUUUGAGUGGGAAAACAAAGUUACAGUGAAUACAAAUAUCAUUGAUCUAAAUGAGUACUUGCAGCACAUACUGAAGUCAACCAAUAUGAAAUGCCUCACUCCAGAGAAGGCACUUUCUGGUUACUGUGGCUUUAUGGCAGCCAAUCUUUAUGCACGUUCCAUAUUUGGAGAAGAUGCACUUGCAAAUGUCAGCAUUGAGAAGCCAAUUCAUCUUGGACCAGAGGCUCCUGUCACCGGUCACAUACGAAUCCGUGCAAAGAGCCAGGGAAUGGCCCUGAGUCUUGGAGAUAAGAUCAAUCUGUCCCAGAAGAAAACAAGUUUAUAAAUUUUACAUAAUAUCUUUUCAGGUCUUUCACAAUUUAACUUUAGAUAUGUGGCUUUUGGGAUCCAGAGCAUCGUAUAUUCAGUGUUCUGUAAUUGUAGAAGCCGAGCUUUUGAGCUGAAAGCAUUCCAGCAGAUAACUUACAGGUUCUCCAUGAUUGUUAAUGAGCAAAACUUUAAAUCUCCAGGUUUUUUUCCUUGUCCUGGAAGUCAUGUUUUCUUUGUCUCUAAUAUAUACUGAUGCUCACAGUACAAUAAAGGAAUUAUGCCCCUA